AUGCCUCUCGUCGACUUGCCACCCGAGCUACUCCUGCGCAUAUCAGCCUACCUCACUACUAUCGAGCUUGGCAACUUCAGACUCAUUUCCAAGCAUGUUGAAAACACCAUUUUCGACAGUUUCGCUCGCGAAUUCUUCACAAAGAAGCAGUUCAUGCUGGAACAAGUCAGCCUCCAAGCUCUGGUCGAUAUCUCAAAUCACCCUACUCUUGCUCCUCGUCUGGCCGAAGUUGUCAUUAGCACUCAUGUCUUCCCGUCAGAUCACGAGCUGGCCACUCCAUGUGGAAAGGCCAUGUACGAGGCCGGCUAUGCCAGUCACGACGUUCUUCUCGCAACUGGCCAAGCUCUGAACAUGCUCUCCGACGCCUUCUCCAAGUUGCCCAACCUGCGAACAAUAGGUCUGCGGGAUUACAACGGUAGAGGCCGCUUCCGCGAUGGAGAUCUUGCCACUUGGAAGAGUUGGGCAUGGUCUUUCGGAUGGGAAGACAUGUCUGCCUAUUCGCCAGCAGGCCAGUUCUUGCGACCACUCGUUUUGAUCUCGCCAGAGGCCAUCUUGCCCCUGGUCUUCUACGCCCUCGGUCAAGCCAAAGUCUCACCAGAGAGUGUCCAUAUCUUCCUACGCAAGCACGCCAGACUUACACCACGCUCUUUCGACAUCCUCAAUGGCUAUUUGGGCGAGAAAGUUCGACCUGUGCUUGGUGAAAUCAAGGAGCUAAUGCUGGCCAUCGGUCCUGACACGCCACAAUCCUACUUCAGGUCAGAUCCGUCAAAUGGUCACGGCCCCGCUACCGACGCACCAUUGACACGCCUCUUGGAACGCACGCCCAAGCUCGAGACGCUCCGUCUGAACUUCGACCCGCGCCAGUCGUUCGCUGCACGCUUUCUUGAUUGGCUCGGAGACCCUGUGUCUGGUCAAGCGCAUCCCUCAACAAGCCUCGUAACCCAACCCGUUCUACUACCACGCCUGUCCGCUCUAGAACUAGGUAUGCUCAGCAUAUCGGCUGACGUCCUCUUGAAAGUCCUCACAAAGUUCGAUUUGCAGUCGUUCAGUUUGUGGAAAGUCACUCUGGACGAUGUGUCAGAAAGUGGCGAAGAGGAUCACUGGCAGCCACUACUGUACGAUCUUGCAGCUGCUUUACCGCAGUCAACCCGGCUCAAGUCUGUGCUGAUCGGCUUCCCAUCGCAUACAUGUCGUGGCGUCGUGCCUUUUCGGUCGGGUCCUAGAUUGGAGGAUCCUGUGUUCUUCAAGCCAAUCGGUGCGGGUGCCGAGGGUACUUACAACACAUCUGACCUGGCACAAGAGGUCAAGCAUCAUGCUGGUCCAGGUACAAGCAUGAAGGUCUGGCUCGAAGAGCUGUCGACGCGCACGAUUGUCAAACGUCAAGAGGACAUCUCAGAUGUCUCCGACAGUGACGAAGAAGCCAUUCAUGACGACAUUGAAGAUGACGAGGAUGACGAGGAUGACGAGAACGACGAGGAUGAUGAUGAGGAUGAAUGA